AUGAUGAAGACUGCCAUCGUCGCUGCUUCCCUCGCUCUCGCGUCCGGCGCUGCCGCUCGCUCCAUCACCGUCACCAACAAGUGCUCGUACACCGUCUGGCCCGGUCUCUACACCGGCUCCGGUGACGCCCCCGCGCAGGCCACCGGCUGGGAGGCCGACUCCGGCAACACCGUCACCUUCGACGUCCCCGACAACUGGACCGCCGGUCGCAUCUGGGGUCGCCGUGAGUGCGACUUCAGCACCAACCCCGGCCCCAACUCCUGCGUUGACGGUGGCUGCAACGGCGGCCUCCUGUGCACCGACCCCGGUGUCCCCCCCGCCUCGCUCGCCGAGUUCACCCUGAACGCCAACAACAUGGACUACUACGACGUCUCCCUCGUCGACGGCUUCAACAUCCCCAUGGCCAUCGACAACACCGCCGGCUGCUCGCAGGCCUCGUGCCCGGUUGACCUCAACCCCAACUGCCCCUCCGACAUCGCCGGCCCCACCGACAGCUCGGGCGCCGUCGUCGGCUGCAAGUCCGCCUGCUACGCCAACCUCGACGGCAACCAGGCCGACUCCGCCAACUGCUGCUCGGGCUCGCACAACACCGCCGCGACGUGCCCCCCGUCCGGCGUCGCGCACUACGACUACUUCAAGAGCAGCUGCCCCAACUCGUACGCGUACGCCUACGACGAGUCCUCCGGCACCGCCCUCUGGACCUGCGCGUACAGCGCCAGCACCGACUACACCGUCACUUUCUGCCCUUGA